UUGUUACUUAGACUUUUAUUUCUUUUUUCUUAAAAUCUAUAACCUUUAUUACUUUGUCACAACAGAUUUUAUGGUCCAUUUGGUAAAACAUUUCCAUCUUUAUUUUUGCUUCUUCUCAAGUUCAGUUGUUUAUCAGUAGUUGGUUGCACAGUAGUGUCCCGUGAAGUAGCCACAGAACUUUUUUUACAUAAGAAAAUAUACUGCCAUUGUGUUUUUGGGGUGGAGUUUUCAAAAGCACCAAUGUAUUGCAGCACAAAUUUUAUUGAUUUUCAGUGAGACUUGUGCAUAUGAGGGCUGGUCUACACCGAAAAUUUAUAUCAGCAUGGUGACGUGUCUCAGGAGUGUGAAACUAUGCCGAACUAAACCUCGGUAUAGACAGGGCUAGGUUGAUAGAAGAAUUCUUCCGUCAAUCUAGCUACUGCCUCUAGGGCACAUGGAUUAAUUACAGCGAUGGGGGAACCUCUCCUGUCACUGUAGUGAGUGUCUACAGUGAAGCGUUAUGUGCCACUGUAAUAGGGUAUGUAUAGACAAGCCCUUAGAAAAUCCCACCACUGAAGCAAUACUCCAUGCGUGGACUCAAAAUUCUGCUGUUAGAACAAAGGAAAGAACAACAUACUAAAAACACUACUAGGAAUAGAGUUAAAGAAAGCUCUAGGCUAAACAUUUAUUCUUAAUAGUACAUAUUAAGAGUGCAGUGACAUAAUAAAAUAGUGUUUAUGUUGUAAGUCAUUGUGGUUUAAAUCCUCAACCCAGCAUCCAUACUGAAUAGCUGGAUUUGGCAUUGAGUAGAGGGGCUAGUCCAUAGGGGAAAGAAUUCUCUUUCCUAGUGUGCAGAGUCACUCCACGGAUGCUACUUUAGUCCAGUAGUUGAAAUAGAUCUCUGUAGGCUCAACUUGUCUCCGUCCCCUCCUGCACCCAACAGGAGUGAGCACUGAAGGAUCCACACAGUGGUGGGCCACCCCUCCCCUGCUUCUGCAAACUAAUGCAGAGGGAAUUCUUACUGAGUGGGGCUCUGCACUAUAGAAGGGCUGCAUGCACCCUGCAUAUCCCCCCCCAAAAAACCCAUUUUGGAUAACACCUUGUUUGCGAGUCCAGGUGAUAGGGGAGAUAGUGGAGUUGUCAGCAAGAUAGAGAACAGAGGAAAUUGAGAGAGAUUACUAACAAAUUUCAUUUUGGACAUGUUAAAUUUGAGGUGGUUGCAAGACACUCCUGAGGAGAUGAUAUAAAGGCAUUUGGAGACGUGAGAGUGGAUAGUUGAUGGGAGGUCAGGGUUAUGGAGAUAGAUUUGGGAAAUGCCAGCAUAGAGUUUGUAUCUUAAAUAGUGAGAGCAGAUGAGGUCACCUAAAGAGAGAGUAAAGGAGGGCGAGAGAGGCAGUGUAAGGAUAGAACCUUAAUGGGUAUCAAUGGAGUGGAAAAGGGCAAAGGAGAUGGAGCAGUCAAAUGAGAUGAUGAUGGUUAUUGUGGUAGGAGAACCAGAAUCCUACAAUCUCAGAAGCCUAAAGAGCAGAGCAAGCAGAGGAGAAAGCGAUCAACAUUAUAAAUGCAGAAGAAUAUCCAUACAAAACUGAACAAGCAUUGAGAGUAGGGGAGAAGAUGGCCAUGAUGGUUUGGAAGUAGAGAUAAGGUGUAACUAAUGUUGUCAUGGAUGAUGACGACGAUGAGUCCUGUCUCCUUGAUCUUAUUGGAGAUCCACAGGCACUGAAUUAUUUUCUACAUGGACCUAGUAGUAAAUCUAGCAAUGAAGACUUGACUAAUGCAGGGUACUCUGCAGCCAAUUCUAAUUCAAUUUUCGCCAACUCCAAUAACACUGAUCCUAAAUCCUCCAUCAAAGGUGUAAGCAAUCAGCUUGGAGAGGGGCCUAGUGAUGGACUACAACUGUCAAGUAGCCUUCAGUUUCUUGAAGAUGAACUUGAAUCUUCUCCCUUACCUGAUCUCAGUGAGGAUCAGCCUUUUGAUAUUCUUCAGAAGUCCUUACAGGAGGCCAAUAUUACUGAACAGACUUUGGCAGAAGAGGCAUAUCUGGAUGCCAGUAUAGGUUCUAGCCAACAGUUUGCACAAGCUCAGCUUCAUCCUUCUUCAUCAGCAUCCUUUACUCAGGCUUCUAAUGUGUCUAAUUACUCAGGUCAGACGCUGCAACCUAUAGGAGUUACUCAAGUGGUACAGCAACCAGUUGGAGCAUCUUUUGCAAGCAAUACAGUUGGUGUGCAACAUGGCUUUAUGCAACAUGUGGGAAUUAGUGUUCCCAGCCAGCAUUUGUCUAAUAGUAGUCAGAUUAGUGGUUCGGGACAGAUACAGCUAAUUGGUUCAUUUAGUAAUCAACCUUCCAUGAUGACUAUUAACAACCUUGAUGGAUCUCAGAUUAUAUUGAAAGGCAGUGGACAGCAAGCACCUGCAAACAUGAGUAGCGGACUCUUGGUUCAUAGACAAACUCCUAAUGGUAACUCACUGUUUGGUAACUCAAAUUCAAGUCCAGUAGCACAACCUGUAACUGUCCCAUUUAACAGCACAAAUUUUCAGACAUCUUUACCUGUGCAUAAUAUCAUUAUUCAGAGGGGUCUAGCACCAAAUUCUAAUAAAGUUCCAAUUAAUAUCCAACCAAAGCCUAUUCAGAUGGGUCAGCAAACAGCUUACAAUGUGAAUAACUUGGGAAUACAGCAGCAUCACGUACAACAAGGGAUUCCUUUUGCUUCAGCAAGUUCACCUCAAAAUUCAGUAGUUGGUCCUCAUAUGUCUGUUAAUAUUGUUAAUCAACAAAAUACAAGAAAAUCAGUUACUCCUCAAACAGUUAGUAAUGCUGGCGGUAGUAUUGUUAUCCAUUCUCCUAUGGGACAGCCUCAUGUAUCUCAAAAUCAGUUUCUCAUACCUACAAGUCUCUCUGUCAAUUCUAAUUCGGUUCAUCAUGUCCAGACCAUAAAUGGACAACUUCUUCAGACUCAACCUUCCCAGUUGGUUUCUAGCCAAGUAUCUGCUGAGCAUGUUAUGCUGAACAGGAACUCUACAAGCAUGCUCAGGGCCAACCAUUCAUAUUCAGGACAGAUGCUGAAUAAUCAGAAUACAGCUGUUCAGUUAGUUUCUGGUCAGACAUUCACAGCUCCUGGAAGUCAAGUUAUAGUAAAUCAUGGAACUUCUCAAAUUGUUGGUGGACAGGUGCCAUUACAACAGGCAUCACCAACAGUGUUGCAUUUAUCACCCAGUCAAAGUAGUGUUUCUCAAGGUAGAUCAGGUUUUACUACAAUGUCACCUGGACAGUCAACAGUCUCAAAUAUGUCAGCAUCUAAUCGGUUUACUGUUGUAAGUUCUUCUGGCACAGUACAUCCCAGCCUGGGGCCACCAGUUCAGUCUGUUGCAUCAGGAGGAAAUUUUACUGGAGAUCAACUUACACAGCAGAAUAGAACACAAGUUUCAGUGAGUGUAUCACAUUGUCUUCCAGUUUCCUCUUCUAAAUCUAUCAGCACUUUCAGUCGCACAUCAGUAGGAGUAACACAGCAACAGUUCACUUUUGCUCAGGCUCAGAAAAAAGUUAUGAACCAGUCCUCACCAGUUUCUGCAUCAAAGUCACAGGAUAGCUUGAGACAACCUCAGCUAACAGGUCUUCUGAGUAACACGUUGCCAGGACAGGAUUCUGGAGGUAAAAUCAUCCAGCAAUCUUUAGGAACAACACAGUCACAGCAGGAAAAAGCAGUAGGAUCAUCUCCUAUCCAACAACAUGUGCAGGUGGAUGUUCAUACAGUUGGACAAAAGAGGCCUGCUGCUAAACAGCUAACAAAAGGAGCUUUUAUUCUACAGCAGUUACAGAAGGACCAGGCACAUGCUGUGACACCAGAUAAAAGUCAAUUCAGAUCGUUAAAUGAUGCAGUCCAGAGACUCCUCUCAUAUCAUGUGUGCCAGGGAUCACUGCCAACCAAGGAGGAUUUAAGAAAAGUGGACAGUGAAUUUGAAUCUGUAGCCACGCAGCUUCUGAAAAGGACACAAGCUAUGCUAAAUAAGUACAGAUGUUUGCUCAUAGAAGAUGCAAUGCGGAUAAAUCCCUCUGCAGAAAUGGUCAUGAUUGACAGGAUGUUUAACCAGGAAGAAAGGGCAUCUCUGUCCCGGGAUAAGCGCCUUGCACUAGUGGAUCCAGAUGGUUAUCUGGCUGAUUUUUGUUGUUCUUCUAAACAAUUUGAUGAAACUGCUGAUGAAGCACAGUCCAGUGAAAGUGAUCAUCAGUGUAGUAAAACUUUGACUUCUCGCAGUCAGACUACAAAGAUCCAAACCAGAGACCGAUCAAAAUCCAGCACAGCAGAGUCUACAAAUCAUGACAAACUUCAUUUAGUGCCUAACAACAUUAUGACACAACUAGAAGGAAAAAUUUCUACUAAAAAAAUGGAAAGCCUCACUAAAGCUUUAAAGUUUGAGAAGGCUAGCUGUUCUCCUGACAGUCAAUACAUGGCGGUCUCUGAAGAGAAAUUGGCUGGUAAAGAUCUUGCCAAGACCAAUGAAAAUUCUUCAAGUUCUGAAGACCUGUCAAAAACCUUGUCAAGAGCUAAUCAUGGUACACAUAAAAUGUCAAGGAAUACAGUUGAAUCUCACUCAGAGGUAAUAUGUAAUAAUAACUCCCUCCAAGACAAAACUCAGAGGAGCUUUCCAAAGAAUGAGGUUUCACAUCCUGACAACAUGAAAGGCUCGGGUGAACCCCAACAGGAUUUACUCCUCAGUAAGAGUUUAGAAACUACAUUCAAAAACAUUUUGGAACUGAAAAAAACUGGGAGACAGCCACAAAGUGAGGCUACUGGUAGUGGCUCUGUAGAAUUAGACUUUCCAAACUUUUCACCGAUUGCUUCACAAGAAAACUGCCUGGAAAAAUUUAUUCCAGAUCACAGUGAAGGUGUUGUAGAAACGGACUCUAUUUUAGAAGCAGCUGUAAAUAGUAUCUUAGAGUGUUAAUAGUUACAGUACCAUGGACAAGUUAUGUUUCUCUUAGUAGAAGCAAAUGUGAAUGACACCACAAGUACAGCCUGACAUAUGUCAAAGGUUAAUCUUUCUAAACUAGAUUCUGUUCUGUGUUUGAGAGCAAUACUCAUUGUGAUUACAGUGAGAUAUCCAGUAAAGUUAAUCCUUGUUAGAAUGCAGUCUGUUGGGGCCUACACAUUUCAAGUAUUAUAAUGAUAGUGCUUAUGGUAAUUGUUUAACACUGCAAUUUAAUGAGAUUGCAGUUCACUAGGCCCUAGGUAAUAAGGUAAUAUACUGACAAUCACAGUCGUAUGAAAAGACCGAUUUAUUCAAGAAAACUUUAAAAAGACAAAUGGAAGCAACAAUUUUCUCCCUUCCAUAAAUCACUAGAUUUUAGUUUUUUUCCAGGAAAAGCUCGUGGUUAAAUACCCAUUGUACCUCUAUUCAGAAGUGAUUGUCUGUCUAAUUUAUUAAUGAAUCCAUCUGCUCUAGGAUUUUAAGUUGGAAGGAUGUCAUCGGUACGUUUAUAGGGCUUCAUAUUUUAAGUGAUUUUCUGUUGUCACUGAACAGAAAGUAGUACAUGAGUAUAUCUGUAGUGGGUGAAUUUAGUCUGUGGAAUGAUACUGUAUAAUGUUAGUCACAACGGUAUGAUGUGAAAUAAUAUAUGGUAGACUAAGGAAAGAAGAACAGAAGCCAGUAAGUGGCAAAGUAUGCAGGAGGAGGUCAUGAUAGAGCCAUGAGUUUAUAUAUAUAUAUAUAUAUAUAUAUAUAAACUCUUGAGGAGAAGGUUUUGCAUUUUAUAAUUGGAUAUAGUCAACCUAAGUCUUUCUGAAGUGGUAUAAAUGUUUUUUUUUUUUUUUUUUUUUUAAGACCAAGUGUCAAAAGCACUUUUAUUUGAAAACCGUGUUAUUAAAUUAGUAGUUUAUACUUUGAGGGGACAUUAGCUGUAAUCUGAGAAAUGUAAAGGCCAGUGUUGUUGCUUGUUUCUGCUUCUUGCUGUCAGAGAAUAUUAGUCAUCCACUGCAGCAGUCAUAACUACCAAAAUAUGUCCAGACCAAAGUUAAUCAGCUAUCCCAUUGUUAACACAUAUCUAAACUUGUAUAAUUAUUAAUUCACAUUUUAGAGCCAAAGGAAACACCUUCGUGUUUGUAUUUGGCUGGUGUUGAUGUUGACGAGAAUAGAAGCUUGUUAUUUUAUUUAUUUAUUUUUAAUAUGUGACAUUUUCCCUUUUAUGGCCCAUGCUACUUUUUUAAUAGUUUACUUUGGUCAUUAGUGCUGUUGUGCACGUAAGUGUUCUGCCAUUACCACGAUGAAUCUAGCAUGUAUGUCUGCUCAGGAGGGUAGAGCUGUUGUGGUUUCUAAGGCAUGCUCUCUAUUUCUCUUUCCUUCUAUCUUCCUCCCUGUUGCUCUCAAAAAUAAACAGCCAUGUUUCAAAAUUUGCUGAUUGCCAUUAUCAUAAUCUAGAGACUUACUGUGACAAACUGUGGUUGUCAGUCAGAUUGCCAGAACUGCCAGGAAAGAAAACAAAAGGCCAGGUUUUGCUGUCCUUUACACCAGUGAGUUUGCACCAGUGUAAAAGAGAGCAGAAUUUGGCCCUUGGGCUUUUGACAGCACAAAAUUAUAAUGCACCUCAUUUUGUUGAGCUGCAGCCCACCAUGUGAUAACAUAAGAAAACCAAAUCUAGUCAACCUGAGAAAGAUAACAAUAGUUAAGAUAUAAUUAAGGUUCAGUUCCCCUUCAAUGUGAAUGGAAAUAUAAAUAUUUUGUACAUUAUUAAUUGCCAUUUUAAAAAAUUUGUGCCAAUUUUAAAGUACAAAUUUGUCAAAAUCCAACAUUCCCAAAUGUCAUGUAAAACAUUUAAAAUAAUAACAUGGUAUUGCCAGUUUUAAAUUUCUAGCUGGGCAUCAUUACAGUAGACUCUCAGGCAAUUAGCUAUUUUCUAGUUAAUGAGACUGACAGUAUAGUCUUUGCAAAUUGCCUUUGAAAUUUCAUAAAGAUAACGAUGGCUGUGUAUCCUGAGGAUAAUGUAUCUUAUAAUUCAUUCAAUUUCAGCCAGUAUGAGCACUCUAGAAAGUAAGUUAUAUCAGCAAUGUAAAUUAGUUUAAUUUUCAUCUUAUGAGAAAAAGAUGCACAUUUAUGGAUCUUGUCACUCUUGGUACCAUCUCAAACAGCAUAUUAGCUUUCAAGCAUCUGUACAGCAACUACAUAACCUAAAUAACAAAAUGGUGUGUCCACUAUGUAAAUUUAUUUUCCUGGGCAGUGAAUUAUAGAUAAUGACAAAUAAAGAUUAAGACAUGUUUUUUAUCAUUGUUGAUUAGGUCAGACAAAGGUUUGUCCAAACAUCUUAUGUCAGGAAUCCAUUGAGCAAAGGCCAGCAAACUUACUGUUGGAUCAUUAGUGUUCUGUUAUUCAUUAAUUUGAAUUCUAUUUUAGGAAUACUUGUACUUGGUAAUGCAGUAAACAAAAUAAUCUUAUAUAUGAAAUGUUGUUUUAAUAAAGUGUGAAUUGGAAUCUGAUCCAAUGAAAUAUUUUAACACAUGUCUGAUUUUAAGCACAUGCUAAAAUGCUUUGCUGGAUCAGUAUAAUGAUUUCCAAUAUUCUUGAAUACUGCCUAAGGUUAAAAUAAAUUUUAAACUGGCAAUUACAAAAAAAAAUUUUAACUUUGAAGAGUUUAGCAUAAUUUAUCUCUUAGAUUAGGGAGGCCUUACAGACUGACUUCGCUUAAAGAGGAUGUGUCACUUAUUGUCAAUGUGGUAUGGACUUUAUUUGCUUAAAUACCUUCAUUUGUAUAGUAUGUCUCACUUGAAAUUGCUUUGUAUACAUUUUGUAAAAAUAUUUAUAAAAUGUUUUGUAAAAAAAGUAUAACAAAUUGCAGUUUAUUUUGUUAUGUUGGAUAAAUACUGUUAAAAGACA